AUGAAGCUCCUACCAGCCAACAACAUGCGGUUGCUUGGCCACCAGAUCCCAGCGCGUGUUGUUGUAAAUGCAAUCAAUGCCUCCGGUGAAAAACAAACAAACAAACACAGAUUUGAUGAGGAAAGUGGUGUUAAUAUGAGUUUCAUCCGACAACACAACAGGAGCCACCACCAGACACUGAACGAGUUCAUCAGCAUUGCUGAGUCAAAAGUAGGGUUAGUAACAAAUUUGUAUUUUGUGGUGGAUAAAAAUGUUGAUGCAUUGGCCUUAUAUUUUGGUGAAGAUCCUGCUCGUUGCCCUUUUGAACAAGUUAUAGAGAGGCUUGUGAAGUUUGUGAGGGUGUUUAGAAAAGCUCAUGAAGAAAACUGUAAACAGGAUGAAAUGGAAAAAAAGAAAGCCCAGAAAGAGUUUGAAUGGCGUUUUUCAAAUGGUGUAAACAGGCUGAACUGGAAAGGAAGAAAAAUGUAA